AUGCCCGUCAUAAAACCGUUGAGUUCCGACUCAAACGAUGCCCCGAGCCAAUAUAAGCAGACCUCCAGAAAGGGCAAGAAGGCCUGGAGAAAAAACGUCGACGUGACCGACGUGCAGAAGGGUCUUGAGGAAUUGAACGAGGAAAUCAUUCAAGGUGGUGUUAUUCGUGAACGAGAUUCUGCAGACCUCUUCGCCAUCGACAUCGAAGGUGACUCGCAAAUUUCAAAAAAGUACCCCAAACACGCCAAAAAGACCCUCAAGGCCGAUGAAAUUCUUAACAGACGGUCUGCUGUGCCGGCCGUGCCCAUGCGCAAGCGGUUUGGUGACAAUACGACGAACGGACUGGUUCCUGUAAAGCGUCAGCGUUCAGAUUGGGUAACGCACAAGAACCUGGCCCGGCUCCAGCGAAUCGCCGACGGCCAACACGAGACUACCAUUCAGGUCAAUGACGCCACGUUUGACUUGUGGGAUGCGCCCCAAGAAGUAGAGCCUGAGACCAAACUCGACCAUACCAAGCUCCACGUCAAGGUGCCCAAGACGAUGAAGCAAAUGCCCAUUUCCCUGGUCGCCAGCGGCAAAGCCGUGCCCGCCGUUCAAAAGCCAUCGGGCGGCUACAGCUACAACCCCGUGUUUACCGAUUACGAGGAGCGCCUCGCGCAGGAGAGCGAAAAGGCGGUCGAGGCCGAAAAGAAGCGCCUCGCGGCCGAGGAGGCUGCCCAGCUGAAGCAAGACGCCGCGGCCAAGUCCGCGGCCGAGGCCGAGGCCGCCGAGGAGCGCGCCAACAUGUCCGAGUGGGAGGAGGACUCUGAAUGGGAGGGCUUCCAAAGCGGCGUCGAGGACGCGGGGUCGAGCAGCGCGGCGGCCGCGGCGAAGCGGCCGAAGCGCAAGACGCAGGUCCAGCGCAACCGCAUCAAGCGCCGCCGCGAGGACGAGCAGCUCGCCAAGCACAAGGCCGCCAUCAAGGCGCGCCGCCUCCAGGAGGCCCGCAUCCGCGAGCUCGCAGCGGAGCUGGACGCGAAGGAGCAGGCCCGCGCGCUGGCGCUCCUGAACGCCGGCGACAGCGAGAGCGAGGGCGAGCUGCGCGGCACCGAGAAGCUCCGCCGGCGGCAGCUCGGCAAGUACAAGCUGCCGGAGCACGACCUCGAGCUCGUGCUGCCCGACGAGCUACAGGAAUCCCUGCGCCUGCUCCGGCCCGAGGGCAACCUCCUCCAGGACCGCUACCGCAGCAUGGUCGUGCGUGGCAAGGUCGAGACCCGCCGACACAUUCCCUUCCACAGGCAGGCCAGGACAAAGGCGACGGAGAAGUGGACGCACAAGGACUUUAUCUUGUAA